AUGGAGAUUAGGGUCUUCUCCGAACUUGUAAACAAGAGCUGUAUUGCUGAAGAAUGUGUGAGGAAGGCUGUUGAGGCGAAGAAUGACCAUCAGGAGUCCCACCGCAGGGAGCACAAUCAAGAGUACCCAACAAGGGGUCAAGAGUUUAAGAGAACAGGAUACCCACAACGUUCUCCCCAAAGGCGAAAUGACCUUGCGACGAAUAAAAAUUCCCAAGAAAAAGGUAGGGAAAAACAAAUAGUGGCUGCUUCAGAUGUUUUGAGCUGUCAGAGAUGUGGAGGUCAUCACCCAAAUAGACCGUGUCGUUAUGGUUCGGGUUUAUGUUACAAUUGCGGAAAGCUAGGACAUUGGGUCAGAGAUUGCCCACACCGGAAGGAUCGGGAGACUGCCAGGUCCGAUUUUCAUACCUGA